AUGACUGUGGAUGCCUAUCAAUUCGAUUAUAUGGGGGAUGAGGGAGAUAUGUCUGAUUUUGUCGAGGAUGUGGAGGAAGAAAAUCAGGGUGGAGAGGGUCUUGAUGAAUAUGACAUGCUCACCAAGAUGUCUGAUACAUCAUCUGCACAAGCAAGAAAGGGAAAGGACAUUCAAGGUAUUCCAUGGGACAGGUUAAACAUAACGAGGGAAAAGUACAGAUUGACAAGGCUAGAACAGUACAGGAAUUAUGAGAACAUCCCUGCAUCUGGGGAAGCUGUGGACAAGGAAUGCAAACAAAUGCAGAAGGGUGGCAACUUUUAUGAAUUCUUCCAUAAUACAAGACUGGUUAAACCUACAAUUCUUCAUUUCCAGCUCAGAAAUCUGGUUUGGGCUACUUCGAAACAUGAUGUAUAUCUCAUGUCCAGUUAUUCAGUCAUGCACUGGUCUUCUCUAUCUGGCAAUUUGUCUGAGGUUCUCAACUUUGCAGGGCAUGUAGCACCAACAGAGAAACAUGCAGGAAGUUUAUUGGAGGGUUUUAUGCAGACUCAGAUAAGCACGCUGGCGGUCAAGGACAAUUUUCUUGUUGCUGGUGGCUUCCAAGGAGAGCUUACUUGUAAGAGUCUUGAUAAGCAAGGAGUAAGUUUCUGCACCCGGACCACAUACGAUGACAAUGCCAUCACAAAUGCUGUUGAAAUAUAUGAUAGGCUGGGGGGUGGAAUGCAUUUCAUGGCAUCCAAUAAUGACUGUGGCAUAAGAGAAUAUGACAUGGAGAAAUUUCAGCUUUUGAAUCACUUUCGAUUCCCUUGGCCAGUGAAUCAUACAUCAAUAAGCCCGGAUCGUAGGGUUGUUGCUGUUGUUGGUGAUCACGUAGAUGCAUUGCUAAUGGAUUCACAGAAUGGGAAGACUAUUGCCAAGGUUGUUGGUCAUCUUGAUUACUCUUUUGCUUCUGCAUGGCAUCCUGAUGGUCGCGUAUUUGCCACCGGAAAUCAGGACAAGACUUCUCGAGUUUGGGAUAUAAGAAAUCUGUCCUCACCUAUUGCGGUUCUGAAGAAUAACUUGGGUGCUGCUCGAUCAAUUCGCUUUUCAUCAGAUGGCCAGUUCAUGGUCGUUGCAGAACCUGCAGAUUUUGUGCAUAUUUAUAGUACAAAGGCAGAUUACAAAGUGCGGCAGGAGAUUGAUUUCUUUGGGGAAAUCUCGGGGGUAUCUGUGAGUCCAGACGAUGAGUCUCUGUAUAUAGGAAUCUGGGAUCGGACGUAUGCAAGCUUGCUACAGUAUAACAAAAGGCAUACAUAUGGAUAUCUUGAUUCCUAUUUUUAA